UCUAGGGCCCUAUCUUCCCUUAUAUGGUGAAGGCAGUUCCUAGAGGAAGGGGGGUGGGGACAAAGGUCGCUCUCCUGCAGCCAGUUUGCCACAACUGCCUGAGACCUCCAGGUGGCAGCUGCCUCCCCAAGACAGGCUCAUCACCAUGACCAAACUGAGCUCCCAAGUCAAAGGCUCCCUCAACAUCACCACACCGGGGGUGCAGAUAUGGAGGAUCGAGGCCAUGCAGAUGGUGCCUGUCCCUUCCAGCGCCUUGGGCAGCUUCUUCGAUGGUGACUGCUACGUAGUCCUGGCUAUCCACAAGACGGGCAGCAACCUGUCCUAUGACAUUCACUACUGGAUUGGCCAGGCCUCGUCCCAGGAUGAGCAAGGCGCCGCUGCCAUUUAUACCACGCAGAUGGAUGACUACCUGAAGGGGCGGGCUGUCCAGCACCGGGAGGUCCAGGGCAAUGAGAGCGAUGCCUUCCGAGGCUACUUCAAGCAGGGCAUUGUGAUCCGGAAAGGGGGUGUGGCUUCUGGCAUGAAGCACGUGGAGACCAACUCCUACGAGAUCCAGCGGCUGUUACACGUCAAGGGCAAGAGGAACGUGGUGGCCAAAGAGGUGGAAAUGUCUUGGAAGAGUUUCAACCGUGGGGAUGUUUUCCUCCUGGACCUCGGAAAGCUUAUCAUCCAGUGGAAUGGACCCGAGAGUAACCGCAUGGAGAGACUUAAGGGCAUGACCCUGGCCAAGGAUAUCCGAGACCAGGAGCGGGGCGGGCGUUCCUAUGUGGGCGUGGUGGAUGGGGAGAACGAGAAGGCAUCGCCACAGCUGAUGGACAUCAUGAACCACAUCCUGGGCCAACGGAGGGAGCUGAAGCCAGCGGUGCCCGACACAGGGGUGGAACCCGCACUCAAGGCCAGCCUCAAGUUGUACCAUGUAUCUGACUCAGAGGGAAAGCUGGUGGUUAGAGAAGUCGCCACGCGGCCACUUACACAAGACCUGCUCAGUCAUGAGGACUGUUACAUCCUGGACCAGGGGGGCCUGAAGAUCUACGUGUGGAAGGGAAAGGAUGCCAAUGCCCAGGAGAGAAAGGAAGCCAUGAGCCAGGCGCUGAACUUCAUCAAAGCAAAGCAGUACCCACCGAGAACGCAGGUAGAGGUACAAAACGAUGGGGCCGAGUCACCCAUCUUUCAGCAGCUCUUUCAGAAGUGGACUGUGCCCUCUAGGACCUCAGGCCUGGGCAAAACCCACACUGUGGGCUCCGUGGCCAAGGUGGAACAGGUGAAGUUUGAUGCUACUUCCAUGCAUGUCCAGCCUCAGGUGGCUGCCCAGAAGAAGAUGGUAGAUGACGGGAGUGGGGAGGUACAGGUGUGGCGCAUCGAGGACCUAGAGCUGGUGCCUGUGGAUUCCAAGUGGCUAGGCCACUUCUAUGGGGGUGACUGCUACCUGCUACUCUACACCUACCUCAUCGGCGAAAAGCAGAACUACCUGCUCUACAUCUGGCAGGGCAGCCAAGCCAGCCAGGAUGAAAUCACAGCCUCAGCCUAUCAAGCUGUCAUUCUGGACCAGAAGUACAACAAUGAGCCAGUCCAGAUCCGGGUCCCAAUGGGCAAGGAGCCACCUCACCUCAUGUCUAUCUUCAAGGGACGCAUGGUGGUCUACCAGGGAGGCACCUCCCGGACUAACAACCUGGAGCCUGUGCCCUCCACGCGGCUGUUCCAAGUACAGGGAUCCAACACAAACAACACGAAAGCCUUGGAGGUCCCAGCGCGGGCCUCCUUCCUCAACUCCAAUGACGUCUUCAUCCUCAAGACCCCAUCCUGCUGCUACCUGUGGUAUGGGAAGGGCUGCAGCGGGGAUGAGCGGGAGAUGGCCAAGACAGUUGCUGACACCAUCUCCCGGACGGAGAAGCAAGUGGUGGUGGAAGGACAGGAACCAGCCAACUUCUGGAUGGCCCUGGGUGGGAAGGCCCCCUAUGCCAGCAGCAAGAGACUGCAGGAGGAAAACAUGGCCAUCACUCCCCGGCUCUUUGAAUGCUCCAACCAGACAGGGCGCUUCCUGGCCACAGAAAUCCCUGACUUCACUCAGGAUGACUUGGAAGAGGAUGAUGUUUUCCUGUUAGAUGUCUGGGACCAGGUCUUCUUCUGGAUUGGGAAGAAUGCCAAUGAGAAUGAGAAGAAAGCUGCAGCCACCACGGUGCAGGAAUACCUCAAGACCCACCCCAGCGGCCGUGACCCUGAGACCCCCAUCAUUGUGGUGAAGCAGGGACACGAGCCCCCCACCUUCACAGGCUGGUUCCUGGCUUGGGAUCCCUUCAAGUGGAGUAACACCAAAUCCUAUGAGGACCUGAAGGCGGAACUUGGAAACUCUGGGGACUGGGGUCAGAUCACUGCUGAGGUCACAAGCUCUAAACAGAAUGUGUUCCAUGCUAACAGCAACCUCAGUUCUGGGCCUCUACCCAUCUUUCCCCUGGAGCAGUUGGUGAACAAGCCCGCAGACGAGCUCCCUCAGGGAGUGGACCCCAGCAGGAAGGAGGAGCACCUGUCUGUUGAGGAUUUCACCAAGGCCUUGGGGAUGACUCCCGCUGCCUUCUCUGCCCUGCCUCUAUGGAAGCAACAAAACCUCAAGAAAGAAAAAGGACUAUUUUGAGAAGAGUAGCUGUGGUUGUAAAGCAGUAUCCUACCUUACUUGGGGAGUUUCAUUUUGCUUUUACGAUUAGUCCUAAACUAACUGACAUGAAAAUUUACUUGUACCUGUGAGCAGCCGUCUGUGGCUAUGCCAUUUUUGUUUAGUGACAUACUAUUCCUCCAGAAAGAGCCUGAGAAGCCUGUGGGCCCAACUUCAGCUCUCAAGGUGGUCACAUGGUUUCCACUCUGGGGUGUUUCAUCAGGUUCAACCAACCUGUUCUAGAGCUUUCCCUGAGAGCUGCCAAACACUACACAGAACAUUGGAGUGCUAAGGGACCUUCCCUAGGUUUUUCUCUGGCAUGACUAAUUUUUAUGUGGCAGGUGGGCUUAACCAUUUUGCACCCUUAUAUCUUUCCCAGGGUAAUGGCUUUGGCCUUUUCACAUGUACUUCCCUCACGGCCUUAAUCAGGGGAUAAAUUAAAGGGGAGGCUUUCUUGGAGUUGAAUAGUCCAUAUUUUCAUAAGUUUCACAAUGUGAGAGUAAUACAUCUACUGAGUCUCAGCUUGAAGCCUAAAAUAAAGUAUGAAAUGCAAAUGCUGCUGCACCCCCUCUCCAGCACUCUUAGUAAGGCAAAGGAAGAGCUUUGUUAAGGCCAAUGCUGAAUUUACUAUACAGAACCUCCAAAAAGCUUCACAG